UUCUCACUCCCAGCCUCUCCCGUUAACCUACGUCCGUCAUAGGUCUGGAUCGAGACUUCUCAACCAAACAGUCCGCUCUCCUCUUAGGAAAUACGGAUUACGGAGUACGAAGCAAUCAAUUUUGCAAUGCUUAUCCCUUCGGUUUAACACACACGUGGACCUUGGAAGAGGCGAAGCAGUGUAUUGCCACAACACUGGUGGAAGCGGCGAAGCAGUGCAUCGCCACAACACUGGUGGAAGCGGCGAAGCAGUAUAUUGCCUCCUUGGACCUCGGCUCCUGUCGACUAGCCGCCCCAUCUUUCCUCUCCUGCUUUGGACUUUUGGACUCCCAGGUGAUUAAUUGCCGGAGACCGCAAGUAUUGAGGGUUAACUAAAUAGUAAGAACCAGUGAACACUAUAUAUGCUCCCCAUCCACUCCUUGCAUCCGAAGUAAUCAUCACUAGACUGCUUGUAGCGGCAAAGUUUCCAGCCUCCUUGGGACCUCGGCUCCUAUUGACCUCACUCCACCCUGUACCCCAAGGUGACUGGCAAACAUAGUCAUCUGCCCUCGCCUUCUCCUUUGGACAAAUGGACUCCCAGCUCAAGAAUUGACAAAGAUGGCACAUAUUGAGGGAAAGGGAACCUUUCUACAUGAAGACAAUCACAAAACCAAUUGUAGUAAUGAGAUGUAUAAAUGUGAUGAUAUUGAUGGUGUUGGGAGCAAGGAUAAUGGUGGUUGUCCUAACUUCACAGUUAGGAAAAAGAAAAGAUAUCAUGCUAAAAAAAUCAAGAAAUGUGAAUCCACAAAAAGUUUAUCAAAGGUUCAUGCAAAUGAUAGAGCAAAGCGGUUAGAUUUGAAUACUAACGUCAAUUUUCAGAAGAGUGGAAUAAUAAUUGAUCAGCCAUCAAGCGUUUCAAGUGAAAGUUUGCCUGGGACUAUGCAACAAUAUUCUUUGUUAUCUCCAAUGCAUCUUUUUCAAGCUGGUUGUCCUCAGUCAUACAAUUAUUGGAUGCCCUCUACCAAUCCGUAUGGGGCACCCAUUUUACAUCCAAAUAUUCCUUUACUUCCACAAAUGGUUCAGUAUCAACAAUUCACCGAAGCGAGUCAAGUGCCCAACGAUGGUGGUGGAACCACUUGGAAGGCUUUGCUCGAAGGAGUCAUUAAAAAUGGUGCUGAAACAAGUGGUACACAUGGUCAUCUUCCUUGAUUUUACAAGGUAGAAAAUGAAUGAACAAAGAAAUGCGGAUAUGGAGAGGUGUUGGUAAUGUAGUAAUUGUUACUUUUGUAAUUGAUUUGGAUGAUUCCUAAGUCAAUUGAGGUUCUUUUGAUUUCCCUAAUAUGAUAUUCUACUAUUCUGAUAUCAGUAUUCAAUAACAAUGUAUAAAUUUUACCUAACCUGUUUUAGUUUUAAUUUGUAUUUCUCAAUGCUAUUUGGAUUGUAAUAAUGGGUACUUUGAAAGUUAUUUUGAUUUAAUUUAAGACAAAUCACAAAACACCACUCUAUUGUAUUAA